GAGUUACAAAUUCCGAUGGGUAACAGAUUUCGGUACAACACCGGAAGUACGGGCGGAAGUACAACACUUUGUUUUACAAAUCAGCGUUCUAAAGAAACGUCUUCACAGAUUCAGGCUUUCAGUGUGAAGAAGGUCCGGUUCGGCCCCAAAUGUCAGUUUUGACGGGACAAGUUCUCCGCGACCAGCUCAGCGUCAUCAUGGCGAGGCUGAGCCAGGCGGCCAUGAUGGAGAUCUGCGAGUUGGUGGAGGGAGCCUUGGUCGGCCUGCGCACCGAGAACCAGCAGCUCAAGAGCAGGCUCGACCUAAUCGAAGCCGUCGUGGUUCGGGGCAGCUUCGGAGGGAAGGAGGCCGAGCAGUCGGAGCCCGACGGCGGCGGAGGAGAAGCCGGUGGAGGCGCUCAAAUAUCCGGCGAGGAGCUUCCUGACGUGGUGCUGAUCAAAGAUGAAGACUCAGACAUUAUGAAAGUAGAGGACGUCACGCCGUCAUCCACCACCCGACCAAAGAAGAGACAUCGAGCGAGAGACAAGGACUCGGAGAGAAAGGUGUCCUGUGAUGAGGUUCAGGGUGGGGUCACUGUGUACUCGUUGAACACUCUGGGCUCCUCCUGCCAGCCUGCCGCGGGCGAGAUGUAUUCUUCGUUCGCCCCUCUGGAAGAAGAAGAGGUCCAACUCAUGGACCAGGACAAUCUGUCGUAUUUGUCCACUAACACCCUGAUGGACGGGCAGCCUUCCACAAACGUCAACGCGGCAUGGAGCGAGCCAGCGGCAAGUCACGUGACCUUUGCGCACUUUGACCACAAUGAAUCAAGCGACGCCUGCGGCCUCAAGAUGGUCAGCGUCUCGGGCGCGGCACCGCCCGACCGCAGCGACACAACGUUCGAGUACCAGGCGGGUGAUGUGUCCGACGCCUUCGGAGGCGGCAAAGGUCGUCGCUUCGUGUGCCACUUCUGCAACAAGACCUUUGCCACGUCUCAGAACCUGGACGUACAUAUGCGCAUACACACGGGCGAGAGACCCUUCUCGUGUCAGCAGUGCGGAAAAAGGUUCACGCAGUCCGCGCACCUCAAGGCUCACCUCAACAUCCACUCGGGGGCACGACCCUUUGCCUGCACCAUGUGCUCGCGAACUUUCAGUGCCAACUACGCCCUCAAGAUGCACGUCAAGAAGUGUCACGUCAAUGGCUGACGCUCCGUUAUUAGGACAUGAUUAUUUAUUAUUGCUACGUCUCAAUCGCUGACAUUUUUAAAAUACAUUUACACUUCCGCAAACCUAUACAUACACUAUAUUGCCAAAUGUAUUUGGCCACCUGCCUUGACUCACAUAUGAACUUGAAGUGCUAUCCCAUUCCUAACCCAUAGGGUUCAAUAUGAUGUCGGUCCACCUUUUGCAGCUAUUACUGGGAAGGCUGUCCACAAGGUUGCGGAGUGUGUUUAUAGGAAUUUUCCACUAUUCUUCCAAAAGCGCAUUGGUGAGGUCACACACUAAUGUUGGUCGAGAAGGCCUGGCUGUCAGUCUCCGUUCUAAUUCAUCCCAAAGGUGUUCUAUCGGGUUCAGGUCAGGACUCUGUGCAGGCCAGUCAAGUUCAUCCACACCAGACUCUGUCAUCCAUGUCUUUAUGGACAUUGUUGUGUGCACUGGAAGACGAAGGGGCCCGCUCCAGACUGUUCCCACAAGGUUGGGAGCAUGGAAUUGUCCAAAAUGUUUUGGUAUCCUGGAGCAUUCAAAGUUCCUUUUACUGGAACUAAGGGGCCAAGCCCAACUCCUGAAAAACAACCCCACACCAUAAUUCCUCCUCCACCAAAUUUCACACUCUGCCCAAUGCAGUCCGAAAUGUAGCGUUCUCCUGGCAACCUCCAAACCCAGGCUUGUCCAUCAGAUUACCAGAUGGAAAAGCGUGAGUCAUCACUCCAGAGAAGGCGUCUCCACUGCUCUAGAGUCCAGCGGCGAGGUGCUUUACAACAGUGGUCCCCAACCACCGGACUGAUUGGUACCGGGCCGCGCAAGAAAUUAAAAACAAAUUUUUUAUUUUUUAUUUUUAUUAAAUCAACAUAAAAAACAAUAUAUACAUUAUAUAUAAAUAUAGAUCAAUACAGUCUGCAGGGAUACAGUCCGUAAGCACACAUGAUUGUAUUUCUUUAUGAAAAAAAAAUAAAAAAUUCCACCCCGACCACUGCUUUACACCACUGCAUCCGACGCUUUGCAUUGGACUUGGUGAUGUAUGGCUUAGAUGCAGCUGCUCGGCCAUGGAAACCCAUUCCAUGAAGCUCUCUGCGUACUGUACGUGGGCUAAUUGGAAGGUCACAUGAAGUUUGGAGCUCUGUAGCAACUGUCUGUGCAGAAAGUCGGCGACCUCUUUGCACUAUGCGCUUCAGCAUCCGCUGACCCCUCUCUGUCAGUUUACGUGGCCUACCACUUUGUGGCUGAGUUGCUGUUGUUCCAAAACUCUUCCAUUUUCUUAUCAUAAAGCCGACAGUUGAUUUUGGAAUAUUUAGGAGCGAGGACAUUUCACGACUGGAUUUGUUGCACAGGUGGCAUCCUAUGACAGUUCCACGCUGGAAAUCACUGAGAGCGGCCCAUUCUUUCACAAAUGUUUGUAGAAACAGUCUCCAUGCCUAAGUGCUUGAUUUUAUACACUUGUGGCUGGGCCAAGUGAUUAGGACACCUGAUUCUGAUCAUUUGGAUGGGUGGCCAAAUACUUUUGGCAAUAUAGUGUACCUUAUCUUAACAUUUACGUACGAUUUCUAUUCUUAAAUACAUACUAUCUUAACAUACAAUCACCGUAUUGCCUCACAUGAUUAUUUAUGGGUGUGGCAAAUCACAAAUUACAAACUGUUUUCAAAUUGGUGUCAAUGAUUUUGUUCUAUUGUGGUGCAAAAACAGCAGCUAUUAGGGGACAGAGUGAGAACACCACUGGUUUGAACCCACACCCCAGAAGAUGGAUAAUAUAUGUCAAAUGAUAUAUCAUAAUCAUGAUAUGUACAUGCGAUUAUGAAAAAUAUCUAUUUGGUCCUCACACUGUAUAAUUAUAUAUAUAUAUUUUUAACACUGUAAUAAAUGUAAUGUGAAGUGUUUUAUUUCUUUUUUUUACCAAACUAAAAACAGUUAUAAGAUAAAAGCCUUCCUUUCUAAAAAUGUAUUUUCAGCCAUGGCCAACUUGCACUUGCAUGCACAAAAAUACUACUAUGAAGAUUUGAUCCAUGUGACUUGUAAGCACCAGAAUAUUUAAACCAAGAUAAACCAAAUGAAUAAAAGAUCAAAGUGCUUCGGCGCCAUUAAAAAUUUUUAUUUUGAGGGGUCUCUUGACAAAAGACACAGAGUGGUAUGUGGGGGUUGUUGGUGGAGAUGGGAUUUAUGGCUCUGAAGGGAAUCGGAUCUAGAAGAGCUGAUCAAAAAACUGGCUCCUUUAAACAUUUUUUAGAAGUUCAUGAAGGAAAUUAUCACGGGCAGAAAUUGUAGGAUCCAAAAAACGAAUUUUCAGCAAUUUAUACUCUUUGUGGGAAUUAUUGUAAAAUAUUAUUUAGUCUGUAUUGUGUUUUCAUGUUAACAUUGCAAUAAAGUGGAACCUAAUUCCAAUGCUCUGCCAGAUCAAUAUUUUGAAUUUUUCUCUUACCGGGGAAACGUUAUGGCAAAAUAAAAACUAAACUAGCCUACAAACAAUACAUGU